GUCGUGGGUCGGUAGCCUACGGAAGCCCGCGCUUGGGUCGCCUUGCACUGCGUUGGGCCGUAGCAUCUUAGCGGUUUUACUCAAAAACGGAGGUCUGGGACCUAACGCCGGUUGAGCGGGUCUGGGAGCGGGCCCUUGGGAGAAGCGGCACGGCGAGUGCCUUCAAAGGACAGAAGAGGAUAUUGGAUCCUUUGGAAUUGGAGCUACAGAUUUCUGCUCUGAGUUUUUACCUCUAUGACUUCUGCUCCAAUUCCUGCCCUGGCUUCUCUCAGUGAUGUCUUAUAAGCUGUGAGCUGAAAUAAAUUCUUUCCUUCCCAACUUACUUUUGGUCAUGGCACUUUGUCACAUUAAUGGAAACCUUAACUAAGACAUGACUGGAUUAGAUAGAAAUGAAGACCUUGCAAGACUGAUCAAAAGGAUGGAUUUUACAGAGGCUUACUCAGGCACGUGCUCUACAGUUGGACUUGCUGCCAGAGCAGGCAAUGUUAAAAUUUUACGGAAACUGCUCAAAAAAGGUCGAAGUGUGGAUGUUGCUGAUAACAGGGGAUGGAUGCCAAUUCAUGAAGCAGCUUAUCACAACUCUGUAGAAUGUUUGCAGAUGUUAAUUCAUACAGAUUCAUCUGAAAACUACAUUAAGACAAAGACUUUUGAGGGCUUCUGUGCAUUACAUCUUGCUGUGAGUCAAGGACACUGGAAAAUCACACAGAUUCUUUUGGAAGCUGGAGCAGAUCCUAAUGCAACCACUUUAGAGGAAACCACACCAUUGUUUUUAGCUGUUGAAAGUGGACGGAUAGAUGUGCUAAAGCUGUUGCUUCAACAUGGAGCAAAUGUUAAUGGAUUCCAUUCUAUGUGUGGAUGGAAUUCCUUGCACCAGGCUUCUUUCCAGGGAAAUGCUGAGAUUAUAAAACUGCUUCUUAAAAAUGGAGCAGACAGAGAAUGCCAGGAUGACUUUGGAAUCACACCCGUGUUUGUGGCUGCUCAGUAUGGGAAGCUAGAGAGCUUGAACAUUCUUAUUUUAUCUGGUGCAAAUAUCAAUUGUCAAGCCUCGGACAAAGCUACUCCCUUGUUUAUUGCUGCACAAGAGGGUCAUAUAAAAUGUGUGGAACUUUUGCUGUCCAGUGGGGCAGAUCCUGAUCUUUACUGUAAUGAAGACAAUUGGCAAUUGCCUAUUCAUGCUGCUGCACAAAUGGGCCAUACAAAGAUCUUGGACUUAUUAAUACCACUUACUAACCGCGCUUGUGACACUGGACCUGACAAAGUGAGCCCGGUUUACUCUGCAGUGUUUGGAGGACGGGAAGAGUGCCUGGAAAUACUACUGCAGAAUGGCUACAGCCCAGAUGCUCAGAUGUGCUUGGUCUUUGGAUUCAGUUCCCCUCUGUGCAUGGCUUUUCAAAAGGACUGUGACUUCGUUGGAAUUGUGAACAUUCUUUUGAAGUAUGGAGCCCAGUUAAAUGAACUUCACUUGGCAUACUGCCUCAAGUAUGAGAAGUUUUCAAUGUUUUGCUGCUUUUUAAAGAAAGUUUGCCUGUUGGCUCCUUGGAAUCAUACAUCUGAAUUUAUAAGUUAUGCAGUUAAAGCACAAACAAAAUAUAAAGAAUGGCUGCCACAUCUUCUGCUUGCUGGAUUUGACCCAUUGACUCUGCUGUGCAGCAGCUCUUGGGUUGAUUCAGUCAGCGAUGACAUCCUUGUUUUUACUUUGGAAUUUUCUAAUUGGAAGAGACUUCCACCAGCUGUUGAAAAGAUGCUCUCUGUUCGUGCAAACUCCUCUGGGGCUCUUCAGCAACAUAUGGCCUGUAUUCCAUGCCUGACCCAUCUCUGUCGUUUGGAAAUUCGGGCCUGUCUAAAAGCAGAACACCUUCGUUCUGACAGUUUCAUCCAUCAGUUGCCACUUCCCAGAAGUCUGCAGACCUAUUUGCUCUAUGAAGAGGUUUUAAGGAUGAAUGAAAUUACAAGACCAGCAGCUAUUCAUAAUAGAGGAAUCAGUGAGGCCACCUGACAGCUCAUUUUUUAGUUUAGUCAUAAAAGGUGACUUGUGUGGUUGUUUGGACUUGGGGGUAAUAGGAAAUGGUAACUAGUCUUCCCAAUUCCCCUCCUCCCCAAUAUUGUGAACCUUAUUCAUCCUGCUUUACAUAGUUUUGUCUCCAGUGCACUUUGUUGUAUAGUAUUUGUUUCCUUGACCAUUUUCUGUUUUAUUAUGCUAAUAAGCUAUGAUGCUGCUAUAGUGCUAGAUGUGACAUCUUUCCACUUAAGAUUCAUGUUCACCUGUACUCGAAGCUAAGGAUGGAAGUCACAAACUUCCCAGGAAGAAUAUAUAACAACUGUGCCUUUCAAUCACUUACCAUUGUUAUUAUUUUAUUUAAGAAUUAAUAUCGCCUGUGUUUAUAAAAAGAAAUAUUCCUGUGUUUUCAUAGUGUUCUUAAUUCAGACAUAUUUAUGAGGUGUUGUUAUUCUUGCAUUUUCACAUGUAAACUCAGGGCAAAGGUUUUUUGUUUUUUUUUUUAAGAGCAUAGAUUUCAGUCAUAUUGCUGGUCUCCCACUUCCUAGAGCCUUUUUUUAUACUUUUUGCCAAAAAUAUAGCCCAUUUUUAGUCUUUAGCAAAGACAAGAACACACCUAAAUUCAAAGGCAUAAUCAAUAUAAAAAAUGUCAUUUUAGAAGUAUUGUACUCCACUUAGAAUAUUAAUAAGGAAACAUAAAAGGAGCAUUGCAGUCAUUGUGUGCUAAAUAUAGCAAUCAGGCUUCAUUCAGCUCCAGAAAAAGAGGGCAGCUUUUUUCCUAUGAAUAGCCAAUAAUAUUCUAUUAAUACAAUAUUUUUCCUUCUUAAUAUCUAGAUGUAUUUUUAGAACAUUGAUGAAAUAAAGACCUCAGAAUCCUGCCUUGUAAGUUUUUACAAUUGCUUUAUCUAAACCUCAAGUCAAGAAAAAUCAAACAUCAUCAAGACAUUUGUCUGAGAGACUUGAAACUAGCCUUGGGAGGAAGAUACUAAUGUGUUGCAGUCAUGAUAGGCAGCAUAGGCUGGUUUCUACAGGAGGCAGGCCUUCAUUUCUUCAUAGCAAUCUCCUGUGCUUAGAUAGAUUUUCUGGGCUCAUCUCUGACUGUCUCAUCUCUUACAUUCAAGUCUUGUUUGAUAUGGAUAUAAAGUUUGGUAUUGAAAAAUGAGGCAGAAAUUCUGAUUAGUUCAAUUUAAUAAAGAUAUUCCAAAAUUGUA